AUGGCUUUCAAGAAGUUUUUUCUCCUUGGUGUCUUCCUGGCUGCCCUGCUCAUGUUCUCCCUGGAUGUAGCUCAUGCAAGAGAGCUCACUGAAGCCAAUGAAUCUGAGGGGAAGAAUGUGAAGCCUACUGGAAAGCCAGGGGUUGAUGAUCAGAAGUGGGGAGGUGGAUACUACCCUGGUGGAGGAUUUGGAUAUGGUGGUGGGUACGGUGGAGGAUAUGGUCGUCCUGGGUAUGGCGGUGGGUAUGGUGGAGGGUAUGGCUAUCCAAGGUACGGUGGUGGUUAUGGCGGUGGAUAUGGAUGUGGGUAUGGCGGCGGGUAUGGAGGUUACGGUGGAGGGUAUGGUGGUGGGUAUGGAGGUGGAUAUGGAGGUGGAUACAGUGGUGGAGGUUACGGCGGAAGAUAUGGUGGUGGUGGUGGUUGGCACUAAAAGUAGUUGAAUAAUAUACAUGUUUUGGUGUUAAAUAAGUCAAGUAUGACAGAUUUGCUUGAAUAAUGUAAUUGCUUCAAUGCUAGUAUAAUAGU